GGCCAGGUCUGUAAAAUGUCACAGAUGUUUUUGUACGAUUCUCGGAAUCAGCCUCAGAAAUAUAAAAUGGCGUCGCACGCGGUUGGUAGAUUUGCUGCACUAGAGAUUGAUAGCGACGAAGAAACUAGGAAACAAGCCCAAAUCUCUGAACAAAAAUCUAAUGCUUCUAAAAAUGCGAAAAAGAAAGCUCGUAAAAAGAAAAAGGCUGCUGCUGAUAGUGCUGCAACUAAUGAGUUACGAAACUUAGCAUUUUCAAAACCAGUAUCUGCAAAAGUGAUACAAAACAUUCAUCAACAACGUCAUCAGGUUUCUAUGAAAGCAUCAACAGUCAGUAAGCCAACGCCAGCACAACCACCUCAGAAACCAAUAGAAAAUGCUGAUCCUAGCUGGGUGGAAUGGAAAAACAAAGAUGAAAACUAUGUGGUGGAUCAAUUUCAAAGAGACCUUGAGAUAGCACUUCGAAUGAGUGAGACGGACAUCAAGCAAGCUCAGAAAAAUUUAGCAGCUAAUAAUUCUAAAAAAAAGACAAAGAAACUGCCAACCAUGUCUCUUGAAGAAUUUUCAUUAACAACAUUGGGUAAUAACACUGCCAAGGAAGCAGUCAUUAACAUGCAAUCUACAAGAAAUGGUUACUGUCCUGACGAGCUUGACCCUAAUCAUUAUACAUAUGAAACACCCUUAGAUGAAUCUCCAAACAGGAUACACAAUGCUGCUUCAGUGCCAUCCACUUCACAAAAGAAGAACAAAAAGAAGAAGAAAAACAAAACUGAAAAUAAACCAUUAUCAGAUGUGUUGACAGAGUUACACGAUGAAAAAACCAACCCAAGUGUAACAAAAGUAUCAACUCAACCACCUGGCUUGGACGCUGCAAGUUUUGCAUCAUGGCAAAAUGAUUUGGAAGAGAAGAAUAAAGAAAUAACCACGUUGCAUGAAACAGUUGACAAGCUAAAGACGGAGUUGUCAGAAGUGAAAAAACGAAACGAGCAACUGUGUUUUAUUCUCGCUCAGGGAGAAAUGAAAGACAAGGCUGAUAUUCUUCUACAAGUCGACGAGAUGACAAAAGUGAAAAAUGAGUUAUCACAGGAGUUGUCAGGUAUGUACUCAUCGCUAGAGCAAGAACGUUCAAAAGUGACUCGGUUAAAAGACGAACUGGCGAAAUACCAGGGAUCCCGCACAAAGACAAAAUCUUUAUCAGAAGAAAAAUAAGAAACAGUAAUUCUAUAGUAUAUUUGUAUAUACGUUUUUUUGUUUGCUUUUUUUGCACAAGCAAAGUUUAUAUUUAUACAAAUGUUGUUGAUUAAAGAAAGUCAUAAAAAUAGCGUUAUAUUAGA